AUGUUCUACAUCUGUCUGAUUGUGUAUCUUUACGGAGACUUGGCCAUUUACGCUGCAGCGGUCCCCAUUUCGCUGAUGGAGGUCGCCUGCGGGAACCACUCGUGCAGCGCGGGGAGCGUGAAGUACAACGACACCGACCCGUGCUGGGGCCCCGUCACCAGGAAGGACGCCUACAGGGUCUUUCUGUGUUUGUUCUCUACAGUCUGCUCUGUGAGGCCUCUGCAGUCUGCUCUAAUCCAAAAGCCACACACAUUACCUGGACCUCUGGCUCCUCUGUCUCUCCCUGCAUCCCCCUCUCCUUUACCCCCGCUGUCUUCCUCUACCUUCCCCUGCCUCCCCCUCUCCUCUGCCUCCCCCGUCUUCCUCUGUCUCCCCCUGCCUCCCCCUCUCCUUUACCCCCCUGUCUUCCUCUACCUUCCUCUGCCUCCCCCUCUCCUUUACCCCCCUGUCUUCCUCUACCUUCCCCUGCCUCCCCCUAUCUCCCCCCUCUUUUCUGCCUCCCCUAGCUCCCCCUUCCUCUCCCCUGUCUCUCCCCCUCUCCCCUGCCCGCCCUGUCUCCCCUGGGCCCUCUCGCCUGCCCCUUCCCCCCUUGAGCACUGA